UUUAGUAAAAAUAACCUCUUAUACUUUAUAUAGCGCAUGUUAUAUAUGAUACACUGAAUCUUUAAUAAUUAAAUAUAAUCCAAUACUAGACAAAUACAAACGCGAGCUAUUGUGCAGUAUUUUGAAAUCAAAGAAUUUAUUUUGAAGGGUGUGUGGCAAUGAUGGUAAAUUGUUGACAGUAAGGAGGCAGCUGAGGCAGCGGUGGUGGCACUCUACCUUGCUCUCUUAUAUACUCUCUUUUUACUACACUAGUAAUGGGUCUCCUGUCUCUUCUCCGGAAGCUAAAAUCUGCUCCUGAUCAAGAGUUACGCAUACUGUUGCUUGGUUUGGAUAAUGCAGGGAAAACGACUUUACUAAAGAAGCUAGCUUCAGAAGAUAUAACACAGACUACACCAACACAAGGCUUCAAUAUCAAGUCCGUCCAGUCUGAUGGGUUUAAGCUUAAUGUUUGGGACAUUGGUGGCCAACGCAAGAUUCGACCAUACUGGAGGAACUAUUUUGAAAACACUGAUGUACUGAUCUAUGUAAUUGAUAGUGGUGAUAGAAAAAGAUUUGAAGAGACUGGCCAAGAGUUGGGUGAAAUUCUCAAUGAAGAGAAACUAGCAGGUGUGCCUGUGUUGAUUUUUGCCAAUAAGCAAGACCUGUUUAAUGCAGCACCUGCUUCAGAGAUAGCAGAAGGCCUUCAGCUUCAUACCAUCCGGGACCGUACAUGGCAGAUACAAGCAUGCUCAGCAACAUCAGGCGAGGGUGUUAAAGAUGGCUUAGAUUGGGUGUGUAAGAAUCUCAAGAAGAAGUGAGAUCUGUUGCUUCCUCUAGAAUGUGAUGUAUUCCGUCCAACUGCCGCAUGAACUUGUGUUAGGAAAAAGAAUUGACUGAUGCACUAAAUCAUAACAUUUUUAGGUUUAGUGGGAAAUCAACUUAAAAGGUAUGCUUACACUUUUAAGUUACAGGUAUUAGGUUUUUAGUUUUGUAUAUAGUUUUUUUCAUUUUAGUAUAAUGAAUAUUCAUGCUGUACUAUUAAUGUACUCCAUACAAAAUUAAAUGAAUUAUGGCAUUUUAUUUUGAGGGCAACAUUCAAGUAAUGUAUUCUAACCUUCCCAAUAAACCAUUCCAAAAUGUAGCACAGUACCAGUGUAUCAUAUUUUACAUCUGAUUAUAUUUCAAACCAAGAAUGUGAGACUUGGUGUUCACUGGAUAUUUACUGGUACAUUACUUACAUUUUAUUCUGUCGUAGUUUAGGUUCCACUGAUGUGGCAUUAUGGGUCACAAAGUGUGUUACUGCUAAUUAUACUUCAGAUUGUCAAGAUAGGGAAAUGUUAUAUUGCUGGUAUGUAGCACUAACACAUGGAAAAUUGUAUUUGCCUCGUUAAAUAUAGAAAGUGCCUCAAAUAAAUGCUACAAAAAUCUGGUGUAUAUUGCUUGUGUGUGUAUUUAUAUUGUGAAUAUUUGUUACUGUACCAUUAUUUGGAAAGAACAUUGCUCAGUUUUACAGUAAUAAUUGCAAAUAAUUUAUGUCUUUGAUGGGUGUCAAUAUAUUUCUAGAUAAUUUAUGGUAGUCAAUAAAAACCCUAUUACUGACACACAAAAAACAUCAAGUUUAUUUUUUUAAAUUGUUUUGUAUUGUAUUCCAAGUUACACUAAUUUGGGAUAUGCAAUUCAGUAUUAUUAUUAUUUAAACAGAAAAUCUGUUGAAUAUUUUAUUUUACUAGAUUAAGUAAAACAUGUCAAGUAAGCACUGAGCUCUACUGCUUUACUGAGUUCUUUAAUGUUUCACUACCAGCUUUUAGGCAUAUUUGUGUGCUUACAUAUGCAUACAUAUGCACGCACACGCACACGCACACGCACACGCACACGCACACGCACACACACACACACACACACACACACACACACACACACACACACACACACACACACACACACACACUGAAAACUUACAGAUUUGAUAACCUUAACAAUGAAGACAGAACACCCAGCUUAACUCUGCUUCUUUUACUACUAACACACACAAAUACCCUCUCACUUGUUCCUACACUCUGUCCCCUUUCCUCACACACACUGUGUACCUUCUUUUCCCUUUUUUCCUUUUCUCUCUAUUCUCCUACUUUUUUCUUUGGCAAAAGGACUUGUUGUUCUGGGGUGAUGUUAUUAUGAUAUACUAAGUUUUAGGAGGAAUUGAUAGAUUGUAGUAUUUGAAGAAAACUAGGAACAAGCAGACACUUGGAAGCUGAAAAUGUAGAUGAGUCACAGGGAAUGAGAUGUUAGGUAUUUCUUUAGUUUGAGAGUGGUUGAAAGCAGAAUCAGUUGGAUGAGGACAUGGUAGAGAUAUAUUCAGUACACUGUUCAACAGUAGGUAUGAUGUUGAAGAAGGGAGAAACCAAUUCUGUAAGGCUGUGUUCUUGACACCUCUAAAAACCCAAACAAGCUUUCUUAAUUUCCUAGCUUUUCUUACUUAAUAUUGUAGUUGAUAUGGCCUAGUACAAUGCCUGUACAGUAGUGAAAUUUAGACAGUAGAAGAGUACAUAUACAAUAGCUAAAAAAAAAGUUUCAUAAAAAUUUUUUGAUCUUAGUCUAGUUUCUAGUGCAUAAUCUUUGAGUGGAGAGGAUAGUUGUGGCACUACAGUACCAGGCCUUUCAGAAUAUGCCAGUCUUGUCAGCACUGAAUACUUGCUCAGGCUUAUAGUCAUCCUUAGAAAUAAUUUCCUGCAGUUCCACAAGGAAAUUUCCUGUAGCCACAUGAUCAGCAGAUGCAUCUUCCCAUCUGACAUUUAUUCUGCCUGCUGUACUUCUUAAAACUUAAAAAACCAUCCAGAAGUGAACAAACUAUGUUUUGCAGGCUCUGUGUCCUGGCUUUGCUGUUUUAUAGUAAGAUGGGUUUUUACCAUGAUCAUAAGCGCAUUGAGGUACUGUUCUUUUUCUGCUCAGUCUACACACUCGGUGAUUUUUCUUUCUUAUAAAGCUAUCGGUCCUCUUUGCCAUUCUUUUCAUUGUCAUAUUGUGGAUUACUUAUUGCAUAAGGUCUUUUCUUCAUGUCAUUCUCAAAUUUAAUAAAUUGCUGAUUCUCUAACACCAUAUGUUUGCACUGUCUCUGGGACUCGUGUGCCACCCUUCGGCAUAUCAGUCACUGAGAGUGUUUUAUGAAAUAGGCUUAGUUUUAUGCCUAAUUUUCUUCUUGGCAUUGUCAGCAUUAAUAGUAUUCCUUUUAGGUGCCAUGGUUAAUAUUUGAAGAUGAGACAGGAUAAUGAAAAGAUUGAAAAUGGACUGAUAAACACACAAGAAUGGAAUGGGACAGCAUGGGUGGGUGUUUACACCAAGGAGUGAAGUUAGGCCUUCCUCUAAAAUAAUGGCCUUGUGGAUGUUUCUUGGUCUUGGGAACAGAAUUUUAAAUAGUGAGUUAUUGAUGACACUAGUUACGGAUGCAUGAAUUGUGAGUCUUCUGUACAGCUUUGUCUGCAAGUCUGACUCUCAGAUCUUUGACUAAUAUAUGUUGUUACCAUAAAUCACGUUUCCUACAUAUGACCUUUAGAUGAUCGAUUUGAAGUACAGCUGACUCAGGAUAGCACAAAAUGUUCGGUUAUUACUGUACAUGUUUGUUUUGAGCACAAGGGCCACAGAUGUCUGAAUGACAUUUUCCCUUUUCUUGUUUAAAUAGAAUUUGCAUAUCAGUGAAUUUUCCUUGUGUAUAUAGAGGAAGUAUAAUAUAUACUCAAUAUAUAAACACACACAUUUGAAUAAAUUGCUCAUAUUAGUUUGAAAUUGUAGAAAUGCAUUACACUGAAUAUGAAUUAAAAUACAGGUAUUAAGCAAGCCUUGAAGGAUAUAAUGCUAGUGUGAAGAGUAUUAUUAGUCAUUAUAUUUAAGUGCUAGUUGUGUAUUUGUUUGAAGUGAUAGCCAAUUGUGUUCAAAUUUUUUGGUAGUUAUUAGUUAAUAUUUGUUUUAUAUAGAGAAAAUAUUUACAUAUGUAUCACAAGGCCAAUUUUUCACACACAAAAUGUUGACUCUUGUGAAACCCCUCUGCAUAUCCCAGGGACCAGUGAAAAUAAGCAAUGUGAUUGCAUUCCGUCCAAAAGAGAAAAACUUGUAAGUGUCAUAUCAUUCUCUGUCAAAUUUGCUGUUGCUAAAAGGAAUUUUCUGGUUGCUUAUUUGUAAAAGACAAAUUCUUUUUAUGUUUUCUUCUUUUAACUUGUAAAACAAACUUUCACCAUUUCCAAGUUUUUGUAAAUUCCUUGGACUUGCUGGUCAUCUUCAGAUAUUUAUAUGAUUAAAUGACAUUACUGAAAUCAAAUUAGGAAUAGUAUUGUUAUAUUUUAGCAAGACUGCAUCAUUGUUUAGGAUUAUAAUGAGUAUUAUCAUUUAUUCAUUCAUCUAGUCAUUUUAAUUGCAUUCAAAUACAGUGUAUUACAUUGUCUAGUCUCCAUUGCAAGUCAUUUUAUUAUACAAUAGUACACCUAAUUUAGGUGUAAGAAAUAUUUAGUGUGUACAAGUACAUUGAAUGUUAUUUACAUGGCCAUCGUUUACAAAGCUAAGAGGCAAUAUAGAAGGUAAUUAUACUGUAUUAUUGCUUUUGUUUAAUAUUAUGAAAAGUUUUUGAUGGUUUUUGCUUAUGUUCUAGUCAUUAUUAUUAGUCAGUAUUAUAAACUUCAUCUGAUACAGAUGUACAGCAGCUUAAUUAAUUGUAUUACAAUUAUGGUUUUCUUAGUUAAACUUUAAAUUGUUUAGUACAGUAUGCAUAUGAAAAAAGCUGUUAUUUCCUGCAUGAUUAAAUACAUUUUUGUACAGUACAGCAUGCCCUGUUCUUACGGCAAAAAAAAUAAAAUGGAAAAAUACAGCCAGGAGCUGUGAAUCGACCCCUGCAACCACAUAUAGUUAAGUAUAGUACUGUAAGCAAUUUCCUUGACUACCUUUGAUAUUGUACAUAAAAUAUUAGGCACAAAUUUUUAAAGCAUAACUAGAGAGAAGAGCAGAGUAAACCAUUACAAAUUUUAUUCAUACUGCAACAAUAUGUUGGUAUACGAUUUGUUUAAAUUUGCUAUCCCAUUAUUGCAAACUGUAAUGUAUAUGGGUAAUUACUCUUUGAAGCUUUGAUGUACAGUAUGACAUUUUGAUAUUCUUUGAGACAGCUGAAAUAUAACUGAGCUAACAACACCGUUGGUUUUGGUAUAGGGUAUGAAAAUUAUUGUAUCGUAUGUGACCAGUGGUUGGUAGCAGAGCUCACACUGAAGAAUUAGAAACAUGCGACAUCUGGGUAUCUUUAUUUGUAGACAUUUUGCCAUCCAUUGGGUUUAUCAAUACAAGGACUUAAUGUGAAGAUUGUAGAACUACAGUGGACCCCCGCCUUACGAUCAGCUCCCAAUGUGACCAAUUAUGUAAGUGUAUUUAUGUAAGUGCUUGUGUACGUGUAUUUUUGGGGGUCUGAAAUGGACUAAUCUAAUUCACAAUAUUCCUUAUGGGAACAAAUUCGUUCAGUAACGGCACCUGAACAUACUUCUGGAAUGAAAUAAUAUUGUAAGGCGGGGGUCCACUGUAUAUACAAAAGAUGAGGUAAUCAGUACUUCACCCAUGGAGUUGGUGAAGAGCAUCGUAGUCUUGAAUCUAGAGCACAGGCAGAAAAUUGGCACUUAUAUACGUUCUGGCAUCAGAUGAGGGACGUACACCAGACAAAGGCAUUUUCACUGGUAGGCAGGAUUUCCUAGUGUUUGUUACACAAGUGUGAGUCCUUGUGAAGCAGUUCUGACAAAGUUUUUAUUGCGUCCAUUAACUUUUAAGCUGUCCAAACUCUUCAAAUUGAAAGCCACUUCUGUGCCAUAAGUCUGAAAAAAGGAAAAAAAUAUUUUAUCCCCAAGGGAUGGGCCAGGAGUAUGCAAGAAGGUAUUGUAUUGAUAAAGCCACUGGAUGGCAAAACUUGUACAAGUAAAGAUACCCAGAUGUCACAUGUGUCUAAUUCUUCAUCUUGUCAGCAUUGUAUGCCAUUCAUUUACAGACUCAUACUAGAUGUCUGUGAAGUAUCAUGACCUAGUCAUUACUUUUUAUUUUGUUUUAAGGCAUUGAAAAAUACCUUGGAAUAUUCAAGGGUAUUUUUUUCAUUUUGCUUCAGUGUUAUACAUUUUUAUCUUGGUCAUUGAGGUAUUAAAAGGCACUGUACGAUAAGGUUUGCAGUGAUGUAAAUACUUUGGGAAAGAUCACUUGUUUUAACAUAAAAAAUGGCUAUUUUACAUUUGAUCAGCGAUACAGGGAACCUAGGUGUUGCCUCAGUAGUUCUUGGUCAUUCUCCUUUGAGUGAGAAACUGACAGCAAGUGCUUCGUAUUUGUAUUAACUAUGGGUGUGGCAAAGUAUUGGUGGGUAUCGACUAAUUCUGAUGGUAUCAUUAGCAUAUUAAGAACAUAAGAAAGAAGGAACACUGUAGCAGGCCUACUGGCCAAUGCAAGGCAGGUCCAAUUCUCCUACUGGCUUAAGCCAACCCCCUAACCUAGUCAGGUCAUGUCACAUUCACUUAAGGAAGGAGCACAGCAUCAAACCUAGUAGCAAAGUUAGUCAGGUCCAUCUCACACCCACUCAUGUAUUCAUCUAGCCUAUUUUUAAAAUUACACGUCUUGGCUUCUGUGACGGUACCCGGGAGUUUGUUCCACUCAUCCACAACUCUAUUAUCAAACCAGUGCUUUCCUAUAUCCUUCCUGAAUCUGAAUUUUUCCAGCUUAAAGCCAUUACUGCAAGUCCUGUCUAGGCUAGAUAUUUUUAGCACCCUAUUUACAUCCCCUUUAUUUAUUCCUGUUUUCCGUUUAUACACCUCAAUCUUUUUUUUUUUUUAACAAAUCGGCCAUCUCCCACCGAAGCAGGGUGACCCAAAAAGAAAGAAAAUCCAGAAAAAUAAAAUACUUUCAUCAUCAUUCAACACUCUCACCUCACUCACACAUAAUUACUGUUUUUGCAGAGGUGCUCAGAAUACAACAGUUUAGAAGCAUAUACAUAUAAAGAUACACAACACAUCCCUCCAAGCUGCCAAUAUCCCAAACUCCUCCUUUAAAGUGCAGGCAUUGUACUUCCCAUUUCCAGGACUCAAGUCUGGCUAUAUAAAAAUAACCUAUUUCCCUGAAUCCCUUCACUAAAUAUUACCCUGCUCACACUCCAACAGCUCGUCAGGUCCCAAAUACCAUUCGUCUCCAUUUACUCCUAUCUAACAUGCUCAUGCACGCUUGCUGGAAGUCCAUACCCCUCGCCCACAAAACCUUUACCCCCUCCCUCCAACCUUUUCGAGGAUGACCCCUACUCCGCCUUCCUUCCCCUACAGAUUUAUAUGCUCUCCAUGUCAUUCUGCUUUGAUCCAUUCUCUCUAAAUGACCAAACCACCUCAACAACCCUUCUUCAGCCCUCUGACUAAUACUUUUAUUAACUCCACACCUUCUCCUAAUUUCCACACUCCGAAUUUUCUGCAUAAUAUUCAGUCAUAUCCCCCCAAAUUCUAUGCCUUUCUAGAGAGUGCAGAUUCAGGGCCCUCAGUCUAUCCUCACAGGGAAGAUUUAUGAUACAUGGGAUCAAUUUUGUCAUCCUCCUCUCUACGUUUUCCAUUGCAUUUAUAUCCAUUCUGUAUUACGGUGACCAGAACUGAGCAGCAUAAUCUAAAUGAGGCCUAACCAAAGAUAUAGAGUUGAAAAACAACCUGAGGACUUCUAUUAUUUAUACUUCUUGAUAUGAAGCCAAGGAUUCUGUUAGCUUUAUUGCAAACACUUAUGCAUUGUUGUCUUGAUUUCAGAUUACUGCUAACCAGAACUUCUAAAUUAUUUUUGCAAUCAGUAAUAUUAAGAUCUACAUUAUUUAGUUUAUAUGUGGCAUGGUUAUUUUCCUGCCAACAUUUAGAACUUGGCAUUUGUCUAUAUUAAAUUGCAUCUGCCACUUUUCUGACCACUGCAUCAGUCUACUCAAAUCAUCCUGGAGUUCUCUGAUGUCCUCAUUAAAAUGAAUUGGAUGGCCUGUUUUGGUGUCAUCAGCAAAUUUGCUUAUGUCGCUAUUUAUUCCCUCAUCCAUGUCGUUUAUGUAAAUUGUGAACAACAAGGGAGCCAUCACUGACCCCUGUGGAACACCGCUUGUGGCGUGCCCCCAUUCUGAUUUCUUCCCAUUUAUGCAAACUCUCUGCUGCCUAUUUAUCAACCAUGCCUCUACCCAGGAAAAAAUUUCUCCUAUUCCGUAUGCCUUAAGUUUCCUCAAUAGCCUCUGUUGUGGAACUAUUGAAACCCUUACUGAAGUUCAUAUACACAAUAUCAUGUUCAGUACCAUGAUCAACCUCCUCAAAUCUUUCUUUCAACACACCGGCCGUAUCCCACCGAGGCGGGGUGGCCCAAAAGUAAAAACGAAAGUUUCUCCUUUUACAUUUAGUAAUAUAUACAGGAGAAGGGGUUACUAGCCCCUUGCUCCUGGCAUUUUAGUUGCCUCUUACAACACACAUAGCCUACAGAGGAAGAAUUCUGUUCCAUUUCCCCAUGGAGGUAAGAGAAAAUAAACAAGAACAAGAACUAGAAAAUAGAAGAAAACCCAGAGGGGUGUGUGUGUAUAUGCUUGUACAUGUAUGUGUAGUGUGACCUAAGUUUAAGUAGAAGUAGCAAGACGUACUUGUAAUCUUGCAUAUUUAUGAGACAGACAAAAGACACCAGCAAUCCUACCAUCUUGUAAAACAGUUACAGGCUUUCGUUUUACACUCACUUAGGACAGUAGUACCUCCCUGGGUGGUUGCUGUCUUACAACCUACUACCUAUACCUCCUCAAAUACCUUAGUGAAAAAAGUUAGUAAAUUCGUAAGACAGGAACGCCCCUUGGUAAAACCAUGCUGAGAUUUAUGCCUUUCAAGGUGGCUAUGAAUUGCCUUGGCAAUAAUUGAUUCCAUAAAUUAUAACACUAUGGAGGUAAGGCUUAUUGAUCUAUUGCUUGAAGCUAAGGACCUGUCACCUACCUUGUAAAUAGGUAUUACAUUUGCCAUUUUCCGCUUGUCUGGCACUAUGCCAGUUUGUAGUGAUAUAUUGGAAAGAUUAGCCAAAGGUAUGCUAAGUUCCUCUUUACAUUCCUUUAAAACCCUUGCAAACAAUUCAUCAGGGCCUGGGAAUUUGUUAGGUUUUAAUUUCUCUAUUUGUCUGAGGACCAUCUCACUAGUUACCCCAAUAGUGCCUAGUUCAUUGUCAUCCUGUUCUACAUAAUUUAUUAUUUCUGGAAUUUCGCUAGUAUCUUCCAGAGUAAAAACUGAGAGGAAGUAAGUGUUGAAAAGUUCACACAUUUCCUUAUCACUGUCAGUGAUCUGACCUGAGUUACUCUUAAGUGGGCCUAUCUUGUCAUUAAUCUUACUUCUGUAUACCUUGCGACUUGGUAGGCAUUGAUUGAUUUUAAAAAAAAUUUUGUUAACACGUCGACCGUUUCCCACUGAGGCAGGGUGACCCAGAAAGAAAGAAAAACCCAAAAAGAAAGAAAAAAAACUUUCAUCAUCACUCAUACAUAAUCACUGUCUUUGCAGAGGCGCUCAGAUACAACAGUUUAGAUGUCCCUCCAAACUGCGAAUAUCCUAAACCCCUCCUUUAAAGUGCAGGCAUUGUACUUCCCAUUUCCAGGACUCAAGUCCGGCAAACUGGUUUCCCUGAAUCCCUUUACAAAUUAUUACCCUGCUCACACUCCGACAGCUCGUCAGGUCCCAAAAACCAUUUGUCUCCAUUCAGUCCUAUCUAACACACUCAGGCAAGCUUGCUGGAAGUCCAAGCCCCUCGCCCACAAAACUUCCUUUACCCCUUCCCUAAAAUUGAGUAUUGGUAUUCAUAAUGGCAAAAACUUUGGAGAGUGACUCAUUUAUAUCAUGAACCAAAGCCAGCCAAACAUCCCUCUUAGCAUGAGUGUUAUUCAUAAUUGAUAUUUAGGACUCCAGGCAUUUGCUUGAAGGCUGACUGAACAAAUUAAGUCUGAUGAAAAUAAACCAGCAAUUAGGAACUUUAUGUACACUGUAACAUCAUGAAUAAAAUUACAAAUUAAAAAGAAUUAAAGGUAGCCACAAUGAAAUGUGUAGUUUCCAGGAAAGAGUUUGAAGUUCACUAAAGGAUAGUAUUCAUUACUAAAAAUGUUUGCUUUAAGGCCAUUGAUGUAGAUAAUGUGGUGGAGUUAUUGGAAGGUCAUGGAGAGACCAAGUCUAAGACAGCUUAUUUAACUUGAAGUUGCUACAAGCUGGGAGAGGAUGAGAAGGAUGUUAGUGCUAUAAUAAUAAUAAUAAUAAUAAUAAUAAUAAUAUUAUUAUUACAAUAAA